AAGAGCCGCCGCGCCGCAGACAGACAGACAGACAGACAGACAGUCAGACAGACAGACAGACAGACAGACAGACAGUCAGACAGACAGUCAGACAGACACUCAGCGGAUGAAGAUGUUGUCCUCCCUCAGCCUGCGCUGCCUCCUCCUGCUCCUCCUGUCCCUCAGCGCCUCCAUCAGCUGCUCCUCCGCCGCACAGAGAGACUCCAAACUCCGCCUGCUGCUGCACCGGACCCCGCUGAUCAGCUCCAAACAGGACGCGUCUCGCUCCUCGCUGGCGGAGCUGCUCCUCUCCGACCUCCUGCAGAUGGAGAACGAGGCUCUGGAGGAGGACGGGUUCGGCCUCCCUGAAGGCGAGCCGGAGGACAUCCGCGUGGACCUGGAGCGCGCCGCCAGCAGCGGGCCGCUGUUGGCCCCCCGGGAGAGGAAGGCGGGCUGCAAGAACUUCUUCUGGAAGACCUUCACGUCCUGCUGAGCCUUCCUCCUCCUCCUCCUCCUCCUCCUCCUGACGCUGUACAGAAACUGAUCCCUGGUCAGUUUGGGUGAAAUGUUCUGACCUUUCUGAGCUGAUUCUUUCUGAAUGUAAACACCAUGAAGCUAUUUUUAAUUGUUGGUUUGAAUAAAAUCUGUUUGAGAAAA